AUGUUCGAAAAUAUACCAAUUGUUAACUAUCAGCGAACGAAACCAGAGUCUUUACUUAAAUUAACUGAAAAAUUAUUCAACGACAACAUCUUCGAAUUAUUUCUAACUCCACAGCAACUUAUUGUAUUAGAAGCCAUUCUUUCACUCCCUGAAUAUGAAUCAAAGGUGAAAAUAUGGCGUGAACUAAUGAAUGGGAAUGUUAUAUUGGCUGUAGAAAACGUUGUUGAACGAAGUCAACAGUCACAAGAGGAAAUACCAGAAACAGAAAAACCAGAAGAGGAACAAGAAGGAAAUAAUGAAGGAGAUGAAACAAGCGAUGCCAACAACAAUAUUUCUGAGGACUUUUCAGAACUUGAUCUGGAAGAUCUAAAGCAACACAUUACCAAUUCAAGUUUUGUGGGCAAUCUAUCAUUAAAAGUUCGUUAUGUGCUAUGGCAAUAUGCUAUUGAUGCUGAUAAUGAUUCUGAACGCGAUGCAAACAGCGAACAAACUGAUAUACUAGAUUAUGUGUUGUUAGAGACAGAUGAUUCAAAAUCAGAGCCCUUGACCGAUAGUGUCAUCGAUGCAGAACCAAUGAAAGGAGUUUUUGACCAUAAUGAGGAUGAUGAUUAUGAUGAUGAUGAUGAUGAAAAAGAAGAGGAAAAAAGUGUACUGGAAAAUUCUGUAGAUAAAGAUUUCUCACUCAAAGAGACUGUAACAUAUGAGAUGGUUGAAAAUGGUCGUUUGCUUUUAUGUUUACGGGUGUCUAGGGAAACCUUGACUAAACUUCGAAAUAAUAACAUAGACGGAAUAAUUUCUAACUGGAACAAAAUCUAUCACAACUUUGAGUAUGACAAAGAAACUAUGUUAAAACGACUGAAGCUAGAGGAAAACGACGAGUUACUUGAAACAACAAAAAAAAGACGCCAAAAUAGUAAUGCAAAUGGCUCAGAUGGGGAUGAGUCAAAAGUAAAAGUAAAAGAGGAACAUGAAGGCGUCAAGUUUGAUAAAACCAAUGAAGAAAGUCAAGAGCCAGAUAAUAAAAAACCAAGACUAGACGCGAAAAAUGCACUUCCUAGCCCAGCAGUUGAUCUUGGCAUCGCAAAUCUAUCAUUAAAACAUUUAUUGGCGUCUGUUCAAAAGGAAAGAUCAAAAUUAAAUUUAUCAGACUUUGAACUAAAGAGACUUAUAACAGAUGUAAGGAAAAACAGGUCAAAAUGGACUUCAGACGACAGAAUAGGACAAGAAGAGCUGUACGAAGCAUGUGAAAAGGUUGUUCUCGAACUAAGAAACUAUACGGAACACUCAACUCCUUUUUUGAAUAAAGUUAGCAAAAGAGAAGCUCCAAAUUAUCACUUAAUUAUAAAGAAAUCAAUGGAUCUGAAUACCGUAUUGAAAAAGCUGAAAACUUUCCAAUACAAUUCAAAGCAAGAAUUCGUAGACGAUAUUAUGUUGAUUUGGAAAAACUGUUUGACCUACAAUUCUGAUCCCUCACAUUUUUUGAGGGCGCAUGCAAUAGCAAUGCAGAAGAGAUCAUUGCAACUAAUUCCAAUGAUUCCCAACAUUACUAUACGUACCCGUAGCGACGUUGAAAAAGAGUUCGAAGAAUUGGAAAAGGAUAAAGAUUAUGAAGAGGAAGAAGAGGAAGAAGAAGUGGCAGGUUCUGGAAGAAAGGGCCUAAAUAUGGGUGCCCACAAACCGGCCCAACAACAUGAUAAUGAAAAGAACGGAGAAAAUGAUGAAGUGAUUUUAGAUAUUGAUUCCAAUAGCGAUGAAAGCAAAGAAGAUAACAAUAAGGAAAUUGUGGAUGAAAAUAAACAAAAAAUGGAUGAAAGUACCACUGAAACUAAAAAUGAUGAAGAUGAUAAGAGUAGAAAAGGUUCUCAAAAGAAGGAUAUGGUUGCUAAAACUCUCCCUAAUGGGGAAGAAAUGCCGGUUGACGAUAAGGCUAUUCAAGGUGGUCUUACUUCAGAAGAAAUGACUGAAAAUGUCGAAGAGGUAGAAGAGUCGGAACAGGAAGAAGAAGAAGAAGAAGAAGAAGAAGAAGAAGAAGAAGAAGAAGAUAUGCGUGAUUCACAACAAUACCUUGCCGAAAAAGAUGACGAUAAAGAUGACAUUGAAAUAUCGUUGUGGAAAUUAUUAACAGCUAAAGCUCGUGCAGAGAUCUGCAUCAAAAGAAAUGAAUAUUUCAAAGAUGGACAACUCAACAAUUUAUCUGAAGCAUAUUUAAAAGAUCCACAAAAGAUGAAUACGUUUGAGAAACUUUUUAGAGAUUACAAGGAACAGAAAGAGUUGGAAAUUUACAGACAAAAAAUUGAACAACAAUCCAUAAUGAAAAAUGGCUUUGCUGCAGCAAUCAAAGCAGAAAAUACAACGAGUAACAUCAUACCAAAUCAUCAAAUAUCAAACGUGUUUGACAAUAAUAAUUACUUAAGCUCUUCUAUUUUCGAGAAGGAAUCAUCUGAUGAUGUUGAUUUUGAUAAUAAGGUUUUUUUACAAGAAUAUGAAACCACUAAUGUGUUUCCUGAAUUUAACUACAGAGGAUGUGAUUCAAACUUGUUGGCAAAGGAGGAAAACGCUUAUGUAAGCCGAAUGCUGGGUCAGGAAAAUGAUACAUUUACUAAAACCGAAAGCGAAUAUAUUAAAGACAGGAAUAAGGGUCUUACUCCCAAGAUGAAUAACAACAUCGAAUUGAUCCAGCAAAUAAGACAUAUCUGCCAUAAGAUAUCCUUGAUUAGGUUGUUGCAAAAUCCAUCGUACACUCAAAACAUGAAGAAUCCCAAUCUCAAUAACCCUAAUGUUAUGCUGCGUACUCAUCAGUACAGGUAUGCUAAAAUCGACGAUUCCAUCGAUUUAGAUCCGAUAUCUCAAUUUUCAAAACACGACAAUAAGAAUAGUACCAGAUUGAUUUCAAAAAUAAUGCAUAAAAACAUGUGCAAGAUUUCUAUGUCAAAUGGGUUUGAAACGACACAACCAUCUGCUAUUAACAUGCUCACAGAAUUAGCUGGUGACUACCUUUCAAAUCUAAUCAAAACCGUGAAAACGCACAAAGAGACAAGCUCUUUGAAUUCUAAUACACCCAAUGAGAUCCUUGUAAUAUCAUUGUUAGAAAACGGAAUCAAUAGACCAGACGACCUUUAUGUCUACAUGGAAUCAGAAUUUGAAAAGAAGACAAAGAAAUUAACGGAUAUAAAAUCGAAACUGGAGGGUUUUUUGAAAGACCUGUUGAGACCAACUUUGCAAGAGUUAUCGGAGCGUAAUUUUGAAGACGAAAGUCAAAGUUUCUUAUCGGGUGACUUCGCCUCUGAAUUGACUGGUGAAGAUUUCUUUGGAUUUAGAGAACUUGGGCUAGACAAAGAAUUUGGCGUAUUAAGCUCCUCCGUGCCUUUGCAAUUAUUGACUUCUCAAUUCCAAGCCGUUGAUGGCGAAACUAAGGUUCAGGUUACGAAAUUACAAAGAGAAGAAUUCGACUCUGUGUCCUAUUCUAGAAUCAAUAAAGAGGCCGUGGACGAACAUAAGCUAUUAAGUACAAUUGUCCCACUUUUCGAAAAAGCAUACGAACGUUCCAAGAACUAUACCUUGAAACCUCCUAAAGGAAGCACGGUGCCCGAUGAAGCGACUCGAACAGAUGAACAAAAUCCUGAUUCAAGCGAAUACGUUAUAUUAGAAGAUGAUUCAAUGGUUUCGAAAGCGAAGGGUACAGCCAAAGUCAGGCUUCCGCCAACUGGUAAGAUUGCUACAACUUAUAAGAAAAGAGCUGUCGAUACCGCAUUCAUAUUACCAGAGGAAGACGUUUCACUACUCAAUGAGGGGAAGCAAGAUCUUUACUCUAACAAUCAAGACAGCCCCCAGCCUGAUAUGCUGAAUGGUUCACUAGUUCGUACAGCACCAUCUGACAUUAAUUCUUUCAGCCUCGAUGCCGGAUUCAACGAUCUGCAUAGCCCCGCCAAUAAUUCCUUCAGUCUGAGCCUUCCAAAAUUAGAUCAGUAG